AAGACAGGCAAAUGCCAGGGCUUACUGCCUUCCUGGGAGGUUCAGGGUAUACAGGAAGGAUAUGCGUAUGCUUUGAAGGUGUCUGUUCAAACAACCUUCCAGCCACCGCUAAAGGUUGAACAGAACGCACCCAGUUGGGAGAUUCCUGUAACGUUCAAAGCUGGAGUCCAAAUAGACACUUUUCUUUCGAUUCCAAUAUGGCCUGAUGAUGUGCGACAAUGGAUCAUGGGUGUGAUGUUAUGUCAAGUAAAUCCCAACACAGACCCUACAUUUAGAGCAGGCAACUGGGUUGAGAUGAAAGUCUAUAAAACAAAGAUAGACUUAAAGGAAUAUGAGGGCACUAGAUGGUCAGAUGCCGUAGACAGCAGUGAUGUUCAAUUCAUUUCAGAAAAAAUCUUCAAGAUUUCACUCCUGCUUGAGGAUAACUCGUUAGUAAUGCUAGCUGAAGGCAAAAAGGUAGGAACACUGAAACUUAAAACUGACUUUGCCGCGUGGAGACACAUCUAUAUUUCCACUCUCGAUGGAAUCAAACAUCCAGGCUACGUUCACAAGAUCAGAUACACAAAAAAUGCUGCUGAAAUAUAAACGAACACUCACUGUUUUCAACAAAUAAAAGAUUGAUGUCUGUACUAUUUUUUCUUGGCGUGUUAUGUUAUUUUGAAUUUCAAUAAGGUGGGUUUUAGAUAAUUCUGUUUGUCCUAGUUAAAAUAUUCUGUAUCGUUAUUUACGUUCAUUUUUUACCAGUUUAGAUAUUUUGUACAUUUUGUAAUGAACCAUAAUAGAAUACACUACAAAAGCGUGACAGGUUACUUUUUUAGUUUUAAAGUAGUGUAACUGUGCAUUAACAGCAAGGAAGAUGUACUAGUAACCUCAAAAAAGAUCAUUGAUGGUCAUGCUUCAUUACGAAAAUUAAAGGAAUGUAAUUUAUUUUCGAUAAAAUGUUAAAGAAAUGCCUGUAUAAUGAGCCUUUUAACAAAUUUAAGUUUAAACAUCAAUUAAUCAGUAUUAAGACAGAUUAAAGAUCUAACUAUAAUGUUAAAGAAAAAGAUAAAACAUCAAUUAAUCAAUAUUAACAAACAUCAAUUAAUCAAUAUUAAGAAAGAUUAAAGAUCUAAAUAUAAUGUUAAAGAAAAUGAUAAAACAUCAAUUAAUCAAUAUUAACAAAGAUUAAAGAUCUAAAACUAAUAAGAUUAAACAUGUCUUAAAGAAGUGAACAAUGAUUCGACCUUUCGACAUUUUCCCUCUGAAAUUAAUACAUUUAAAUACGUAAAAGUUUCUUGUUUCAUUAACUAAAGUAACAGCAUUUGCACAGAAUGUUUCUUGUUUCAUUAACUAAAGGCACAACAUUUGCACAGAAUUACGUUGACCAUGGUUACAAAAUUGAUAUUCAUAAAUAUCUUAAGAUGAAACUUUGCUGUUUUAUAUUCAAAAUGUAGCAGCAUUUCUUGAUCAGCAUGCUAUACCUCGAUACAUUCGUAUGAAUUUUCACAAGUCUCCAUCCUUAAUUUUAGUACAAUAAAGAAGAAUGAAAUACCAUUUUUAUGUAAUCAGUGCCAUAAUUUAAUUAAUUUUUUCAUUGCACAUUUGUAAACGUACAUAUGUAUUUCAGAUCAACUUUUCCUUUAUUUUCAUACGUCUUGUAACCAUUCAUAUUGUCGAAACAACAUUUUUCUCUUUUCUCAAGAGUUUUACAUAAUUCACUUUUAUGAAAAAAAUAUAAUCGCUACUCCAAGAAGAAAAUCCGUGUUUGAUUGAUUGCUUUCUAAACGCUAUUGUUGGAAAUCAGAAAAUAUAUUCAAAAGCUUACAUUAAAAGUAUAGACUCAGACUCUUGCAUGUACUUAAACAUAAACGAUGGAAUUCCAUACUUUGAUUAAUAAAAAUGAACAUUAAAUAUAGAAUCCGUGUUUUAGUUUAGUUUCGAUAAAACAUUGACAAUUCUAAUUCUAACAACCAGGUCAAAAAGUUUCAAGAAUAAUGUAUUUAUAGUAGCAGCAAAGGACAGUAAUUCCGCAAGAAAUCAAUUUUUUAUUUACUAAGUCAACAGAAAAUUCCUAACUCGAUAGAGAUAACCUAAAAUACAAACAAAAAACUGGAAGUAGCAGCUAUGUUGUACCACAGAAAAUUGGUCUUGCUUUUCCAUACCGCAAAUUAUAAAAACGUUACAAUAUAAGUUAUUUAUUGUAAAGGGAAGUUAAUCUUAAAAAAAAACUUAAGUCCACACAAGAUUCCUUACCAGGUAAAGACAAGUCAAAUUACACCUACAAAUCGAAUGUAAUAUGUAUUUUCCACCACUUAUAAAGCCUCGACGACACUCCGUCUUAUAUUUUGACCUAUCUCUCCUGGUUAGGAAUUUUUUGUGGACUUAUAUUAUAUUUAGAUAUUUUUCAAGACUAAUUUUCCUUUGCUGUUACUAUAAAUAAUUUAUAUUAUAACUUUUUUAAAAACAUCUUAUAAUAUUUUAUUUUCAGUAAAAGAAAAUUAAUACACAAAAUACAAAUGACUGCAUUAUUUUGUUGUUUUUUUUUUCUUUUGACUUUUAACAAAUAUAACUGUUUACACAAAUUAUUGUAAGACGGUAAAUCAUUCAUAUGUUUGUUGUGCUACUUUUGUAAUAAAAAUCGU